UCCAGCGUCUCAGCUAAUCGCCCCGCGGCGCGCGCCCUAAAGUUCUGGGCAAAGUACUGAGAACUGGUCGCGGGAUCGUACGCCGGCCAGUGGCAGAGGACCAGGGACCCCCGCGCCAGGAGAGCCGGUGCGCAGCGCGGGCUUCCGCCCACCAUCUGUCGGUGAGUGGCGCUCGGCGCCCCAGUCUCAUGCGGCUGGUGUUGGAACUGUCGUCGGCUGAGCCUUGCUGGGACCCGAGAAGCCGGGUCUGCGUCCUUCCCACUCUGAAUCCUGCACCCGGGAACCUAGCGGCGUCCUCAGUUGCGGUAAGCUCAGGUCCCUGCUGAUGGCUUGUGCUCCUACAUGAAUCAAUCACGGUGAGAGUAUCAACAAGCUUGGCAAGUCAGGGUGUUUUUCCAGAGAACCGGUCUACCCUGUUUCAGUGAAGACCAAGAGAUUAAUGCAACAUUAACACCCCCUCCACCCCUUCUUUCAGAAGAACCGAGUUUAUUCAGGGAUUUCCUCCGAGACAUCCAGAAUGAUUUUUAGACACACUGGAUAAGAGCUGACACCUGCCUGUGUGGACUCCACCCUCUCAGCUCCACCAUCUUCUCAUGGCAUUUUGACUACACUGAGCCCAAGUGACCAGCUCUUCAUAAUGAGUGGUGAGAAGAACCUGGACGUGUCCCAAAAAUUGGUUUCACCCUCAAGAAGCACAAGCAGCUGUUCCUCCAAGCAAGGGAGCCGGCAGGAUAGUUGGGAAGUGGUGGAAGGCUUGAGGGGUGAGAUGACGUACACCCAGGAGCCACCUGUGCAGAAAGGAUUUUUGCUGAAAAAGAGGAAGUGGCCCUUAAAAGGCUGGCACAAGAGAUUCUUCUACCUGGACAAAGGAAUCUUGAAAUAUGCCAAGAGCCAAACUGAUAUUGAGAGAGAGAAGCUGCAUGGCUGCAUUGAUGUGGGCCUUUCUGUGAUGUCUGUGAAGAAGUCAUCCAAGUGUAUCGACCUUGACACGGAGGAGCACAUCUACCACCUGAAGGUGAAGUCAGACGAAGUCUUUGAUGAGUGGGUGUCCAAGCUCCGACACCACAGAAUGUACCGGCAGAAUGAGAUCGCCAUGUUUCCUCGGGACGUCAGUCACUUUUUCCCAGGGCCCACUGUCACAGAUUCCGCCCCAGGAGUGUUCGAGGCCAUUUCCAGUAGGAAGCGCAGCAGUCUGUCAAAGCAGAAUUCAUUUCAAACUGGAAGCAACCUGUCAUUUUCUUGUGGUGGUGACACACGAGUUCCAUUCUGGCUGCAGUCUUCAGAGGACAUGGAAAAAUGCUCAAAAGACCUGGCACACUGCCAUGCCUAUCUGCUGGAAAUGAGUCAGCUCUUACAAAGCAUGGACGUCCUGCAUCGGACAUACUCGGCACCAGCCAUCAAUGCCAUCCAGGGUGGAGCUUUUGAAAGUCCCAAAAAGGAAAAGCGCUCGCACAGGAGGUGGAGGUCCAGAGGUAUUGGCAAAGACGCUAAAGGAAUGCUGCAGGUCCCUAAACCUUUUUCUGGCCCAGUGAGACUACACUCUUCCAAUCCUAAUUUGUCAACACUGGACCUGGGUGAGGAGAAGUGUUACUCAGAUGGUUCUGAAGCCUCAUCCGAGUUCUCCAAGAUGCAGGAGGACCUGUGCCAUGUUGCCCAUAAAGUUUACUUCGCUUUAAGGUCGGCUUUUAAUAGCAUAUCGACGGAGAGAGACAAGCUGAAGCAGUUGAUGGAGCUGGACAUCUCCUCCCCACCUUCUGCUCAGGUCGUCGGGCUGAAGCAUGCUCUGUCAUCUGCCCUAGCACAAAACACAGAUCUUAAAGAACGCUUACGCAGAAUCCAUGUGGAAACUCUGCUCCUCGACUCUCCCGCUGUUCCCAAGUCGGGGGACAACCUGGCAGAGGAAAACUCAGGGGAUGAAAGCCGAGCCCUGGUGCACCAGCUCUCCAAUGAGAGCAGGCUGUCCAUCACCGACUCCCUUUCUGAGUUUUUUGAUGCCCAGGAGGUUCUGCUGUCUCCUAGCUCGUCAGAAAAUGAGAUUUCUGACGACGACUCAUAUGUCAGUGACAUAAGUGAUAAUCUGUCCUUAGACAACCUCAGUAAUGACUUAGACAAUGAAAGACAGACCUUAGGGCCUGUUCUCGAAAGUGGUGGGGAAGCCAGGUCCAAAAGGCGGACCUGCUUGCCAGCGCAGGGCCCCAACACCAGCAGUGUCAGCUUAUGGAGCAUCCUGCGCAACAACAUCGGGAAGGACCUGUCCAAGGUGGCCAUGCCGGUGGAGCUGAAUGAGCCGCUGAACACCCUGCAGCGGCUCUGUGAAGAGCUGGAGUACAGUGAGCUUCUGGACAAGGCUGCACGCAUCCCCAGUGCCCUGGAGAGGAUGGUAUACGUGGCAGCCUUCGCCAUCUCUGCAUAUGCAUCCAGCUACUUCCGAGCAGGCAGCAAGCCGUUUAACCCAGUCCUUGGAGAAACAUAUGAAUGCAUCCGACGAGACAAAGGCUUCCAGUUUUUUGCCGAGCAGGUCAGCCACCACCCACCUAUCUCCGCCUGCCACGCCGAGUCUGGAAACUUCGUUUUCUGGCAAGAUGUGAGAUGGAAAAAUAAAUUCUGGGGUAAAUCCAUGGAAAUUGUCCCAAUCGGCACAACCCACGUGACGUUGCCAGCCUUUGGAGAUCACUUUGAGUGGAACAAAGUGACUUCCUGCAUCCACAACAUCUUGAGCGGGCAGCGGUGGAUCGAGCACUAUGGUGAGAUUGUCAUCAAGAACCUGACGGAUGACUCCUGCUACUGUAAAGUGAACUUCAUAAAGGCAAAGUACUGGAGCACUAAUGCCCACGAGAUCGAAGGCACAGUGUUCGACCGCAAUGGGAAGGCUGUGCACCGGCUGUUUGGAAAAUGGCAUGAGAGCAUCUACUGUGGUGGUGCCUCCUCUUCCACAUGUGUCUGGAGAGCAAAUCCUAUGCCGAAAGGCUAUGAGCAGUAUUAUGGCUUCACCCAGUUUGCAUUAGAGUUAAAUGAAAUGGAUCCCUUGUCAAGGUCUUUAUUACCACCCACCGACACUCGGUUUAGGCCAGAUCAAAGGCUUCUAGAAGAAGGGAACAUAGAGGAAGCUGAGGUGCAGAAGCAGAGGAUAGAGCAGCUGCAGAGGGAGCGGAGGCGGGUCUUGGAGGAAAACAGCUUGGAGCACCAGCCCCGGUUUUUCAGGAAAUCCAGCGAUGACUCUUGGGUGAGCAAUGGGACCUACCUGGAACUGAGGAAGGACCUUGGCUUUUCCAAACUGGACCAUCCCAUCUUGUGGUGAAAAAGCAAAGAAGAGAGAUGUGUUAGUGUACUUCCCUCACAUCUGCUUCCGGAAGCAGUGCACACUUGUGUCUGUACGUCUAAAAGAUAGUAUCUAGAAUGAUCACUUGUGCUUAGCUUAGCAUUGUAAGUACUGAAGUAUAUAUUUUCUUCAGUAAGUUUCUUUACAAUUUCAAGUAUUAUCAUGAUUGUUUAUAUGAAUGUAGAACACCUCGGUAUUUCCUUUUAUAUAUAAACUAUUUAAUAAAAAUGAAAGAUUGAAUGUUAAUGUGUGGGUUUAAAGAAAAUGAAGCUUUAACACUAAUUUCCCAAAGGUAAGGGGGGAAAUCAAAUGUAUGCCUUAUAAAAUCACACUGGAGAAAACAGUUAUCUCCCAGGUGCAUUAAGAAAUAAGAACACCCGGGGUUGCUCACCCGUGCACUAGCUAUCCAGGUUUAAUUGGUAGCUGGGAUAUCUCUUUGCCUCAGACAGCUCUUGAAUUGCUCAUACAGAACAGUCUGCUGGUGCUGAAGUACCAAGAUUAUUUUCAUUUGCAUUUUAGUGGUUAAGGCGUCUGUGUGAGGUGAGCAGAUGCAUAUUUUUUAUGUGAGGUGGGCAUUGCCUGUUUGGAAGGGAAAGCCUUCUCUCCCUGUAGUUCUGUUGCCUUAUAUAUACCCACACACACCCACACACACUUGCUUAGAUUAAUCAGAGAGGUCUCCAAUAAUUCAGUGUCCUGGUGGCAUCCCAGGGAGGCAAAAGCAUUUCACUUUUUCUUAGUGAGAGCUGAAUCCUUAACAAUUUAAGAAACUACUUUCAGCUUCCUGCCCCACCCCGGCUCACAAGCCCUCCUUCUGGCCCCUAUUUCAGAUGGAAUGUCUCCCAUGUAGUACAAGACAUACAGUAAACAGCCUGCAGCGGGGUGACCUUCUGAAAUUUUAGUGCAAUCAUGGUGGUUUGAAAUAACCAGGCAUGUCCUUCUUUCAUGUGGCUUUGGUGUUAUCUACCUCUUACUAAGAUCUGUACUCUCAGCCAUGUGUAGACAUUUGACCAUCUGCCUUAUAGACAAGCAUCAAGCAUUGUUCUUCUUCUGUGUCAUCCUGAGAAAGCUGCAAAGGUUUUACCUCUCUCCUUUCCUCUCUUCUUUAUAAUACUCUGACAUCUGCAUCUGUCUCAGAAAGGAGCUACCAAAAAGAAACGGUCGUUCUUGUAAAUGUCUUACUUCACAUUGCGAUAAUAGAAUGUGUGUGGUAGCUGAAUUGUGUUAUCUAAACAAUUCUGACUUCUGCCCAGAGCACGUUAAAACCAAAGCCUAAUUGUUAAAGCCUUUGACUUGCAUGUCUGUAAUGAUUCUAUGAAGUAUUGUGUGUAAUGGUAGGGUAAAGAGAUUUCUAUAGAAAGAAUUUGAGGGGGCCAGUGAGAUCAGCUCAGCAGGUAAUGGCCCUUACUGUACAAGCCUGGCAGCCUUAGUCCAAUCCCCAGGACCUACAUAGAAGGCGGAAGAAGAGAGCCAACCCCCCAGAGCUGACGCGUGUCACACCAAGUAGCCGACUGGACAGCACUGGGUCUUCACAACGGAGUGUUGAAAGUGAAUCAGUAGUCUUUGGAGUCUUCAAGUGACUGUCAUUUUAAACAACUCAUUAAAUAUUGGUUCAUUUAUUCCACUUUAUGGAGACAUCAAGAUGAACACAGUGGGAACCUCAUUUCCAUUUCUAAGCAGCUGGAUGACACAGCCUGAUUCUUUAGUUCCCGUUUUUCUUUGGUUCCUUUUAAAGCGUUAUCCACAUUCUGCUCACAGGCUUGAGGAAGUGGGCUGCAGAUUUAACGGCUCUCAGUGGGGAAACAAAUCUGGUGUACACAAUGUGAGGAUAAAUGUGGAAUUUUAGUAAUAUUGACUGUUAAAUAGGCCUGCUCCAAAGGCUGGCUCAAAGGAGAAAGAAAAACAACAAAAACAAAAACCCUAAAAAAUACCACCGAAUGGAUGCCACUUUGUGGUACCACUUAUUUGAAAAUUCUUAGAGUAUCUCAUGGUGUGAUUUCUAGCUUUAUUUUUGGAAUCCCAUGAACAGCUGACCCAAAUGUCACCUCUGUAGUCACCUUAUUUGAGUCAGGGACAAGAAUGAUCAAAAUACGUUCCAGAGCCAUAUGUAAAUUCUCUUAGUCCCUGCCGGUGUCUGGAUGAGGGUUUUCUGACAUACAAUUGGUCUGGAAGUACAACCUUGGUAUUUAAAUUUUAAGACUCUGCAGGAGGGAGGAGACUGCUGCAUUCCUUCCAUCCUAACACACCCUUCCACCAACCGUGUGUAGGACUUGCAUAUCUUAUAAGGAAAACAGAACCAUGGUGUUGUUUGAGAAGAAUUAAAGUAAAGGUUAAGUCUCUGGACUCUAACUUUUUCAAAGGUGGUAGUAAAAGCUUCAGUGCUGUUCACAUCCUGCUGCUAGGACACUUCUGGUACUCACUAAACAGAUCACUUCCCCUCCCAGACCCCAGGGGGCGUCUGGUAUUAAGUAAACAGAUGCAGUUCACUUCCAAGGCACUAGGGUGAAUCUGGUACUCACUAAACAGAUGCAGUGCACCUCUGAGACACCAGGGGGGAGUCUAGUACUCACUAAACAGAUGCAGUGCACCUCUGGGACACCAAGGGGGAUAUUACUCACUAAACAGAUGCAGUGCACCUCUGAGACACCAAGGGGGAGUCUGGUACUCACUAAACAGAUGCAGUGCACCUCUGAGACACCAAGGGGGAGUCUGGUAUUCACUAAACAGAUGCAGUGCACCUCUGAGACACCAAGGGGGGAGUCUGGUACUCACUAAACAGAUGUGGUGCAUCUCUGAGACACUAGGGGGAGUCUGGAACUAACUAAACAGAUGUGGUGCAUCUCUGAGACACUAGGGAGAGUCUGGUACUCAUUAAACAGAUACUGUGCACCUCUGAGACACCAGGGGGAGUCUGGUACUCAUUAAACAGAUACUGUGCACCUUAGACUGGUGUGUGUGUGUGGGGGGGGGGGGAUCUUGUACUAAAUAGAUGGAGGUUCACUUUAGGAUAUAAAUACAGUUACUUACUAAGUAGCGAGAAUGCCUCAGCAGUCCCCCAGUCUUCCCGUGCAUCCGGGGGCCUUCCUGAAGGAAAAGUACACAAACUGAAUUUUUUAAUGUUUACUUCAUUUAGGCUAACAUUUUCAAUUUGUGAUGAGAUAUUUUACUCUACCCUUAAAGAUGUCAAGCCAAAAAAGGAGGUAAGGGUUACUUUGCUUUUUAAUGUAGGCUGACUGUGCACUACAAGCUCUCUGAUGGACUGUGGCUAUUAUAGACUGUCCUCUUAGCUACCAAUAAGAGCAGUAAGUUGCUCUCACGAUCUUAGGAUUAGCAGCUACAGUGUGUGGGCAGAAUUUAUCUGAAUGUCUUUAGUUUUGAUAUCAACAUCAGCAUAAAUCUAUUUUUGCUAGCAGAUUAAAGCUAUUUUCACGUGUUCAAUUUUCUGUGUUGUAUUGAUCUGUGACUGAGUAUUUAUCUUUCUCUGUUGAAAACCUACAUAUUGAACAAGUAUCUGUGAAUCAUGAUGGUCUACAGUGCAAGUCUGUUUUAAAGGCCAGUUUUAGGGGAUGCAGCAAUCAGAAAUGACUCAUUUAUUUCAUUCAUGAUUUUUUUUUUUAAUUUUCCUCUGUUGCCUCCAGAGGAUAUGCUUCUGGGGGAAAACUUUGAUACUUGUAAAUCGUCUGCGUAACCAUUUGUAAAGGCUGAGUCUUACCUUGCUGCCCACCACUGUUUGGCUUCCCAGAAGCCCCUUCUACUUAUUGUCUCCCUCCCCGAGUGGCUCAGUGGCUGAGAAUAAAGAAUAUACCAAUGGC